GCAGGGAAACAAAACAAUCUCCCUGCCCUUUACUGAACAAUCUGCCCCAGAGGCCUGCGAACUAAGAAUCUACCGUUCAUUGUAGAAGGCAGCUUCAUCUGGGACCAGAGUGCUCUAACCAGGUCAGAGGAAACUAGGAAUACCUCUCUUCAGCUGAAACCUGUUUAUUAUGCUGCUUCUGUUCUUAUCAUCGGAUCCAAUAUUGUUGUUCACUUUGCUCACCAUUUCAAGGAUAUCAGCCCAUUAAAUCUCUGCUUUGUUUUUUCAGCCUUGCUAUGAUAGCCAGAUAGCGAAUAUUGCUCUGCUUUCAAACUAGAGUCCUAGAAAUUGUUCAAUAAAAUCUGGAGGAUCCAUUUGUGUAUCCUUCUGUAGGAAUAAGAAGGCGAGCAAUCUUUUUUAGAAAACUGAAAAUAUUUUGAAAGUCGUGCAUUCCUUUGGCAUCAGGAGGACUUGAGGGUUUUUUUUUCUAAACUGAGAGCUGGUUAUCCGCAUUGAAGAACACGGUGAGAGUUCCAAGGUUUUUGGGGAGGAAGGGUUGGAAUUAGGUAAUUCGGAAUCCCUCACACUGGAUCUUGUGGGGAUGGAAGGACACGGGUAUGACUGUUUUGGAGAAGGGGAGAGAGAGCCCUAUCAGAUUGAUUACCGGCGGAUCGUAGGGGACACAGAACCUGCCAAGCCUCGCCUGUCUCCCAGAGAGAAUGACCAUCAUUUCCAUGGGUCACCACUCCAUGGGAACCCCCAUGGGCAUGGGCAUGAGACAGCGGCCCAGAGGUACAGUGCCACCCGCAUACAGGCUGGAUAUGAGCCAGAAAGCAUGGCUGAUUACCUGAUCAGUGGCGGCACAGGCUAUGUUCCUGAAGAUGGACUCACUGCACAGCAGCUCUUUGCUAUUGGAGAUGGUCUCACUUACAAAUCAGCGCAUCAAUCUGAUGCUGAUGGACUCACAGCAGAACAGCUAUGCUCUAAAGGGGAUGGAUUGACUUAUGACGAUUUCCUGAUCCUUCCAGGGUUCAUUGACUUCACUGCCGAUGAAGUGGACCUGACUUCUGCACUCACAAGGAAGAUAACCUUGAAGACCCCUCUCAUCUCCUCCCCCAUGGACACUGUCACAGAAUCUUCUAUGGCUAUUGCAAUGGCACUCAUGGGAGGCAUAGGUAUUAUCCAUCAUAAUUGCACACCUGAGUUUCAGGCCAACGAAGUCCGUAAAGUCAAGAAAUUUGAACAAGGCUUUAUUACUGACCCUGUGGUAAUGAGCCCUCGCCACACUGUAGGUGAUGUCUUUGAAGCCAAAAUCCGUCACGGCUUUUCUGGGAUUCCAGUCACAGAGACGGGUAAAAUGGGCAGCAAGCUGGUGGGCAUUGUCACGUCUCGUGACAUUGACUUUUUGACGGAGAAAGACUACGACACACACCUGAAUGAGGUGAUGACAAAGAGGGAAGAUUUAGUUGUUGCUCCUGCUGGAGUCACCCUGAAGGAAGCGAAUGAGAUAUUGCAACGCAGCAAAAAGGGAAAGCUGCCGAUCGUCAAUGAUAGCGAUGAACUUAUUGCCAUCAUCGCACGGACGGACCUGAAGAAAAACCGGGAUUACCCGCUGGCAUCUAAGGAUUCGCGGAAACAGCUGCUGUGCGGAGCAGCCAUUGGGACCCGGGAGGAUGACAAGUACCGACUGGACCUGCUGAUGCAGGCUGGGGUGGAUGUUGUUGUUCUGGACUCAUCACAGGGUAAUUCAGUUUAUCAGAUAAAUAUGAUAAAUUACAUCAAGCAAAAAUACCCAGACCUUCAGGUGGUAGGAGGAAAUGUGGUGACUGCUGCCCAGGCUAAAAAUCUCAUAGAUGCAGGUGUGGAUGCACUCCGAGUUGGAAUGGGCUGUGGAUCAAUUUGUAUCACACAAGAAGUUAUGGCCUGUGGUCGGCCCCAAGGCACAGCGGUGUAUAAAGUGGCUGAAUAUGCACGUCGCUUUGGUGUCCCAGUGAUCGCCGAUGGUGGAAUUCAGACAGUUGGACAUGUGGUGAAAGCUCUUGCUUUAGGAGCAUCAACGGUCAUGAUGGGCUCCCUGCUGGCAGCCACCACAGAGGCCCCAGGCGAGUACUUCUUUUCCGACGGUGUGAGGUUGAAGAAGUACCGUGGGAUGGGUUCUCUCGAUGCCAUGGAGAAGAACAGCAGCAGCCAGAAAAGAUACUUCAGUGAAGGGGACAAGGUGAAAGUGGCCCAGGGCGUGUCAGGGUCUGUCCAGGACAAGGGCUCUAUUCACAAGUUUGUUCCUUACUUGAUCGCGGGGAUCCAGCACGGCUGUCAAGACAUCGGUGCUAAGAGCCUGUCAAUUCUACGUUCAAUGAUGUACUCGGGGGAAUUGAAGUUUGAAAAGCGAACCAUGUCUGCCCAAGUGGAAGGGGGUGUCCACGGGCUCCAUUCAUAUUCUUUUGUGCCAUUUAUGAGAAGCGGCUAUACUGAUGCAGGGGGCAGAGCACAGCUGCGGGUUGCUCCUAGUGUCCCAGCUCCAAUGGCGACCAAACAUAAUGGACACAUCUGAAAGCCAACAUUGCAUUCUUGCUACAGGGAGUUCAGCCAAGAACAUGUACCAAUUCCUGACCUGAACGAAAUUGCACUACCACCUGCCAAUGAAGUAUCAGGGCUUGAAAUAACUCAACCAAUUUUUCAAGCAUUAGAGAAAUACAUAUAGCAGAAUAACUGUGGAAGGGAACAGGUGCUUAGAAACAACAUCAUAGCUGUUUACAAAAAUGACACUUUAAUAGGAUGUGAAUAGUAUUUGUACACAGCAACGCAGAUAAUCCCAGUUGAGUUCAUUCAGGACUUACAUGGAAUGGAAGAAUCUAAGACCAUCAGAAAUCACCAGUGAUGUAGGAAAUAUGUAUCUUGCUAGUUCAAGUGUUGUGUGGCAAAUUUAGUUGUCAACUUGUUUUAAGCUAUUACAGAUAUACUGAGUAAAUGUAUACACCGCAGUUUCUUUAUAAAUUAAAAAGGAACAAAUGGUGUCUUGGUUGGUGACUUUAAGCCCCAAACCACAAAGCAACCAUAGGAGAUCUACAGUGGGUAUUGCUGCAGUUUCAGGGUGGUGUGCAAUAGGGUUCUUUUCAUAGAGCAAACAGUUAAGUCUGCAGAACUUGAAAAGUAAGAUCAAUAUUUUUUCAAAGAAUAAAAAUAACUGCAAACCUGUUAUGAAUUUGAGGUUAUCCACAGAAAUUUUUAAAUAACACAAAAACUUUGUACAGUACAUUCUGUUACUAAAUGCACAGUUCUUUGUUCCUUUGUACAAGUGUGACAUAUUGAUCAUACUUGCAUAUGACGUGACAUUUGAAGUAAAUGAAAGGUUAGUUCAAAAGAUGGCAGGGCUAAGUAGUUUAGUACUAAUUACUGUAUUGUUAGUAGUUUUAGUAUUAAUUGCUCAUAUUUAGUUAUUUGGUGCAUAAAUAGUACAACUACAGAAAGUUUUCAAGCAGCUUUAUUUUUUCAUUUGAAUGAUUAAAUUGCUUAACCUUAUGAUAUUUGUCUGAAGGCCUACUAUUCAAAAGGCAUCUUGCAAUAUCCACUGAGCAGUAAUUAACAGGUAAUGCAGUUGGGACCAAAAGCUAAACAGUAGCCUUAUAUCAGGGAUAUGUUAUACCAGAGAGCCUUAUAACUGACUGGAAUUCCAUUCAUAUCUAACAAUGAAUUACCCAAAUCAUUUGUUUCAUUCUCUAGAUAAAAAAAUAAGCAUGAAGAGUUUACAGUAUAUCGCAUUUUAUAAUGCACCUCUGAACUUAAUUUAUACCUGGCAAGUAGCAAUGUAUGGUUAUUUUUUCAUGUUAUUGGCAGAUUUUCAUUGUUGAGUAAGAUUCUGACUGAAAUGAAUGAAACUCCCAAAUGAAAUGACCUAAAUUGAAAUUUUGCAAAAUGUAAUGCUUGUUCACGAUCCAUAUGGAAUGACAAAUGGUUAUUAAAGCUUUACUUUUUAGGAGAAUGCCAACAACAUGCCUUGAAAGCACUUUCAGAAGAAAUAAUUCCUAUUCCUCUAUGGCAGGAGUCUUAUUCCUCCAAGUUUACAUUUUAGCAGGAAUGACCAGCCUUAGUCUUUCUCCUUGUGUCUGCUAUAGCUUUGUUGUUUUUCUUAUUUUUUACAGAAAAGAAGUUUACUUUUUGCUGAUACAUGAGUAAUGGAUGAUCUAUAUACAAAUUAAAUUUCAGCAGUGCUCGCAUAGUUUUUAGUAUAUUUUGAUAAUGUACAGUUGGCUUUCUCCUGGAAGUUUUAGUAUUAUAUCAAAAUUUUGAAGACCUUAUGUGAAUACUGCAUAGAAUGACAUAACUACUGUGAAGUCUUCUGAGUUUCUUGUCUAAGAUGGAUCGAUUUAGAUAAAAAUACUUUAUCUCACUAUCCAGGGAGCCAUAUUUCUGUUGAACUCACUUCCUUGAGAACUGGAGGAAAAACUGCUCGUCUGUAAGUGUCCAUCUCUAGAUUCCAAGAUUAUGGCUAUAAACAGGCUCUUGUUGAAACUAUUUUUACUUAUCCUUUAUAUUAACUUUUUCAUUUAUUCUAACUUUAUUUUAUUUGCUUUAAUUUGCAAAAAAUAACAGCAUUGACCCAAGAAAAUUAUAUAUGCUACUCCACUCAUUCUGGGGGUCAUGAUUUGUAAAAAGUAAUUUAUUUUUGUCAUUUAUUGAAGAGCAGACUGUGUUAAUAUACAGUGCAUCUCAAUCUCUAGAAACGUUUGAUAAAAAUAAUGUUUGUGAGCUCUUAAGUAACCCUUCUCAACAGAAUUGUGGUAAAAAUUGAAACUGUGAACAAGUUUAAAACCUUUCUUAUGAAUUUCCACAAGAGUACCAUGUACUGUAUGUACAUUAAUAUGAAUCAAUUUUUUCUGUUCUUAAAAAUACUACAUCUUUCAGAAUUUAAUACUAUGUAUCAGCACAAUCAACUGUUCAAUAAAUACCCCAGCUUCUGUGAUCUUUGUCAAAACUGUUGAUUCCUUGCAAAAGAUAAAUUUAAUAUUUAAGUUCCUUUGCAAGUUAACCUUAUUACAAUACAUUGUAUAAAGAAGUAGUUAUCACGAAGUAUGAUUUGUUUACACUUAUAGUUAAACAAGUUAAGCAGAAACUGGGUUUUAAUUGGAAGCAUUUGUCUUGUUUUUUUUACUUAUUACCCAGGUUAAGUUCAGAAGUUUACGUGCAAGAGAAAUUUCACUAGGACUCUGGUAACUUGAGGAUAAGAUCUCCAUUUCACCUGGUUAUUUGCCACAAACUAAAUCUUUUAAAUACACUACUUCUCUCUGUUAUUUAUACUUUGAAACUGCCCGAUUGUACUUUGGAUGAAGUGCACAAUCAUAAAUUACAAAGGAACUUGUUAUGUUUUUUUCUUUAAAAAUAUUCAGUAUUAUUUUUAAAAAGCCAUCUUCCGAUGUUAACACUGCAUUAAAAAUGAAGUAAUUUUGAAAAUAAAAAGGAUUUCUGUGCAUAAAUAGGGAAUAAGACUUGUUUCUUUGCAGAUGACAUCUGUAUUUUUCGAUAAACAUCUGUUCUGUCUUGUGUUCAGGAAGUGGCUGCUGUCCGAUGAAAGAUAACAAUCAUUUUGGUUUAAGCAAUUCCCAGCUUCUCUCUUGGUGUACCAGUUUUAUUUUUUUUCUAUUCUAAUAGCACAGAACAGUUGAGUAUAGCAAAAUCUCAAAGGUGUGUUCACUGCAGGAUAUUCACCUAAAGCUUUAAAAUUGCUAAUGCUGUUCAAUAUUGUAAAAGAAAUAAAAUGAAAUAAAAAUGGA